ACAACAACAAAAACAACAACAACAACAACAACAACAACAACAACUGCAACAACUGCAACAACACCAAAAGCAGCAAUUUCCACAUCCCCAACAAUAUCCCCAGGUCCCGCCACACCCCUUCCGCAGCGCCACCCGUCCCAUCAUCAACCCCAACCCGCACCAUACCCAGCAGCGCGCACAAAUCGCCGCCGCAGCCUCCCUCCCCGCCCGCGCCAAACCCUCAACAACUCCCACCCGCGAACCUAUCAUCACAGUCGGCUUCUGCGCAAAAUACGAACACCCAACCGUAACCUACCAAGAACAACAAUCCAAAAGCUUCCCGGGCUCCGACAUCCGCCUGCCCGGUUACGCGAUGGGUGGGGGGGAGUACUCGCCCCACAACGAUGACGGUGGCCUAUUCAUGCCCUACGCCCCCGUGCAACCCUUAAAAUCGUCAACAGACGUAUCCGGCACUGACACAUCAAGCAGCAGCAUAGCCGUGCAGCGCUCAACACUCGGGCCCUCCGCCGCCCCCCCGCGAGACAAGAGCAACAAUAACCGCUGCUCAUCCGCUCCGACCCGCCUCCUCCCCAAACGCACAUUCCCGAUGGCGAGCUGGACCCAUCCCCCGCCUGAGACGAGGAGUAAGGUGCCGAACGUUAGGACGAUUUGGAGGGCUGGUGAGGGGGUCGAUAAACCUGCUGCUGCUAUUACUACUACUGCUGCGAAUAACACCGCGGCGGCGGCGUUACCGGUGGCGAUGACCAACCCGCGCGGCCGGACACGGUCGGACCCGGUCUUUGGACAUUUGUUGGGGAACACGCCGCCUGGUCGGCAUCACCACCACCACACGCGGGGUGGGGAUGGACAUGGGGAGGAGGAGGAAAGGCGGAGUAGUGAUGAUGAGGAUCGGCAAGGGGGUGCCGGUGGUGGUGGGGGCGGUGCCGUACAUCGUCAUCACCACUCUACCCAUCAGCAUGCACACCCCCAUGGACCCCCACCACAGCCCCGCAACCGACCGAUAGCGGAGGAAGAGGAUGAGGAUUUGGCGGGGUUGAUGGUGGAAGAGCAACCUGAGCAGCAAGAGAAGGAGGAGGGCGCACCGAGGGCGUGGUGGCGGACUUGGUUUGAUUAGCGAGCAUUGAGCCCUUGGAAUCGGAGAGGCCCCACCUUUUAUGUAAUAUGUGGUGUCGGGUUAUUUUGCAAUUGAUUUGUGGGAAUUUUUGGGAUAUACUGUAUUUAUCUGCCGUUAGGAUCUUCCCCGUUCUGUUUCCGCACUCUCUUUGCAUAACAGCGCAAGUGCCCCGAGUUCUUCGGGGUGAUUUGCGCCAUGAGUUGCUU